AACCCGACGUGGUGGUGAGAAGGCAGGAAGCUUUGGCAGCAGCUCGCCUCAGGAUGCAAGAGGAGUUGAACGCACAAGCGGAGAGAUACAAAGAAAGACAACGACAGCUUGAAGAAGAGAAACGAAGGCAGAAGAUAGCAAUGUGGGAGAGUAUGCAAGAAGGAAAAAGCUAUAAAGGAAACCUGAAACUGAAUCAGCCAGAAGUAGAAUCUGGUGCCUCAUCAGCAGUCCCGAAAUCUAAACCAAACAAAAAGCCCUUGCGGGGAGGUGGCUAUAACCCCCUGUCUGGAGAAGGAGGUGGAACCUGUUCCUGGAGACCAGGCCGGAGAGGCCCGUCGGCAGGUGGAUGA